CAAAAUGGCACAAAGAGGGAAAUUGGCCCAAGAAAUCCUUAUCGACAUACUCUUAAGAUUACCCAGCAAAUAUCUCGUCCGAUCAAUCUGCGUUUCCAAGCAAUGGCGUUCUUUGAUCCAAGAUCAUGCGAAAACUGCUCGACGACCCAAAAUUCUUGUCUAUAAAGCUCACUUGAAAUCUUCUUUGCAAUCCAUUGAUCAACAAUACCGCGUUGAAAGCGUUCGUAGGCCAUGGAAGAAAAUGUUACCUUUGCUUGCUGACAUUGCAAUCAUGGGUUCGUGUAAUGGGUUGUUGCUUUUGCGGAUUGAAUCUGAUUUGUUCUUGUGGAACCCGCUCACCAGGUGUUCGAAGAAAGUCCUGGCUUAUCACCGUUUGGGUGUCGCUGGCUAUGAUGUUGUUUCUGGGCUUUGUUUUCAUUCCUCGAGGAACGAGUACAAGGCUGUAAUGGUGCUUGCGCAUGAGAGUCCAGAUUACGGUAGUGAGUUCAUGGUAAUUGGUAGUUUUCAGAGCAAACUUUGGACACAUGUCCAAUUCCCUUACAGCGUUCGUACUGUGAAACCAGGGCCUGUAUUGAAUGAACAUCUACACUGGUUGGCCUCUAAGGAAAGUUGGGGUCACUUCCUCUCAACCAAUCAAAUCGUUUCCUUUGAUCCACGGAGUGAUAAAUUCAAGAAGGUACCAAUGCCACAGCCUAAGGAUGAGGAUGGAGAUGGAGAUAUUAUACUUGGUUUGGGAGCUCUAGAUAGAUGUCUUUGUAUGACUCGCUUCGACAAUCCUAGAAACUUUGAAGGCAAUGUUGAGGUAUUGGCAAUGAGGGAAUAUGGUAUGAAAAGCUCUUGGACUGUUAUGUUCACGAUAUCGAAUUUGGCCGGAGUAUUUUGUUCCUAUCAUUGGUUUGUGCCAUUGUGUUCUACAAAGAAUAAUGAAGUUAUAAUGAACCUCUGCAUAGGGGUGGAUGAAGGAUAUGUAACGGCUUACAAUCCUAAUGACAAUUCAAAUAGGGAUAUUCUAAUGGCUACUGAUAAUCACGAUUUGAAUGCAAUUAUGUAUGAGGAAAGUUUGGUGACACCACCUGAUUACAAUUGGGAAGAGGAAGAGCUAAGAGGGGAAGCAACAUAUUUUGAAAAAUACCUUUCAGGCUCAGUUGGAAAACGGAAAAGGACGAGGAAUGGUUUUUGGAGAUACUCAAGAGCUUGAAGAGGAAGAAUAUGAAAUGUUUGGCCAAGGUUUGGAGUCAGUCUCAAAAGAGUUGGUGUCAGAAUUAGAAGAGCCAGAGCUUGAAGAGGAAUAGUUUCAGCUUGAAGAGGAGGAACAUGAAGAGUAUGGCUUAGAGUUGCUAGAGCUUGAAGAGGAAUACUUUCAGCUUGAAGAGGAGGAAUAUGAAGAGUGCUUAACUUCGACAGAUUUUCCUGGACCACACAUUCAUGAAUGCUUUGCCUUCCACCAACGCAUCUACAAUAAAAGAUUUCUGCAUGCAACGGUCAUAGUCUGGUAGGACUGCAUCUGGACAUUCGGCUUCCAUUGUUUUCUCAGUGCAAUGCUUGCUCGCAGCCUAAACUGAAAUUCUGAAUUAGAGUCGAGGAUUCAAAUAUUUGACAUUGCAGAC